AUGAUUUUUUCCGUCUGCAGCCCAAUUUAUCAUAGCCAAUUCGAAAAAAUCACCCAGCAGCACCAGAUGGAGGACUCCAUCAUAGCUUGUGCAAACCCAACUUGCCGCCUUGAAGCUGCCACCAACCAAAGCCAUCUAAGCUGCAAAGGUUGCUUGCUAGUCAAAUAUUGCGGACGAGACUGUCAAGUCCAACAUUGGGGGGAACACAAGAAGUAUUGCAAGUCGCCUUUAAUGAAAGCAGAAUGGAAGCCAGAUUGGGCUACUACAGGCAGAACGCCGGCAUUUGUUGGCGAUAAUGGCCCGUCACAGGUUGUUUUUGGAGGAAAUAAAUAUCUUUGGGGUAACGUUCCGGCUAUCGACGUUUUGCAGCUCGCGAAAAAUGAAGGUCGCAAUUAUGAUCGAGAUGUGCACUUGUUGUUCGCCGCAUCCGGAGAUUUGCGAAACGUAAUCGAGACAGUUUCCUCUAUCCCAGAGACCUUCCAAAAGUCCAUCUCGAUGGUCUUGAACGAUAGGGAUCCUGAGAUCGUCAUUCGGAAUGCGAUCCUACUCCUCAUUUCUCUGACGGCUGAAGAGAUCAAGGAGGCAGUGGAUUGCAUGAUUCAUAUAUUUUAUUCAGCAUUUCUUCAGAAAAAUCACCUGGAUAUCCUGCAAGGCAAAAUCCGUGCGUUAGUUGCCGACGUUGUUCAGAAAGUUGACAACAAACCUCUUAAGUCUUUGCAAGCAAAAUCUUGGACCUUUGGAUCACGCAUUCUCCGUUUAAUUCUCACCAAAGAAGUAUGGUGCAAACUUCUCGAGCGCUUGGACGUUCCCAUCAACCUUACCGUGCAGAAAGCACAUCAGAUCCGCACGGCAGUCACGCUAGCACCUUCACGUAGAGACUACAGAGAGCGGCGGUAUAUGUGUGUUUUUCCAGCACACCGUUUGAGUCAAGAACGCUAUCGCAUGGAUGGCCUUCUUUUACCGUUUGGUGCUUCUCGCGCACAAUUUGAUACGCCUAACCCGACCUUGUUUGAAAGCAACCAGAGUUGGCCACUCAAGGAUUCUUCGGAUCCACUUGAAGGAUGGAACAUCUUCGACAUUCUGAACAAAACCCCCAGGGCUGCAUCUUCCGAUGUCUAUGGAAAGCUCUACUUUUACCUCCAAUAUGCCUUCAAGGCGUUUAUAGAGAAGUCAAUCACUCUCAAUGCCAGCUUCCAGCUGUUCAAUGUCAAUGCCGAAGAGCUCUCAAAACAUCUUGAAAGUGAAACCUUUUCAAGGAUAGAGGUGUCAAACAUAUGUGAUGCUGGUUAUUUAGGCUGUGCCAAGACACUGUUCUCCUUGGGACCUCUGUUACAGAAGAAGAGCACGAACCCUCAUGCCACAUUGAUUAUGCUCUUUAUGAAUGCUAUCGAAGAGAAUCUCACUCCUGCGGAUCAAGCAGCAGCUUUCCGAAACUCUAUGGCACAGGUCGUCAAAUUUUUGCCUCCUCCAGUCUUCAGAACACACCCAUACGAUCCCUGCUAUCUGAAAUACAUGCUAGCUGCAGACCUAUUCCGCGAUAAUGAUCGAUUCUUUAACAAAUAUAUGACUAAAUGGAGAUUCGAAGAAUGUGGCCGACUCGCCAACAUGGCGAUGAAAAAGAAUACAGUUGUUGAAAAGUGGCCUAUGCGGCUGAAGAAAAAGGCAGGACAGCCUGGUGCCAAGGAGGAAUUUGACUUGCUGUUUGGGUCAGGACAUGGAAAUGAGCGAUACGUGGAAUGGCAGACACUCGAGUAG